AUGGCUGCUAUCAACAAGAUCGCCCACAACUCGCCGUCUCGGCAGAACCCCUCCGAGCUGGAGACCGCGAUCGCCGGUGCUCUGUUCGACCUCGAGAGCAACACCACCGACCUGAAGGCCACCCUCCGCCCCCUUCAGUUCGUGUCUGCUCGUGAGGUUGAGGUCGGCCACGGCAAGAAGGCCGUCAUCAUCUUCGUCCCUGUCCCUCUCCUCCAGGGCUUCCACAAGAUCCAGCAGCGUCUGACCCGUGAGCUCGAGAAGAAGUUCUCCGACCGCCACGUCCUCUUCGUUGCUCAGCGCCGCAUCCUGCCCCGCCCCAAGCGCUCUGUCAACUCCCGCACCAACCAGAAGCAGAAGCGUCCCCGUUCCCGCACUCUGACGGCCGUCCACGACGCCAUCCUCACCGACCUCGUCUACCCCGUCGAGAUCGUCGGCAAGCGCAUCCGCACCAAGGAGGACGGCUCCAAGACCCUCAAGGUCAUCCUCGACGAGAAGGAGCGCGGCGGUGUCGACCACCGCCUCGAUGCCUACGGCGAGGUCUACCGUCGUCUCACCGGCCGUGCCGUCGUCUUCGAGUUCCCCCAGAGCGGUGCUGCUGACUACUAA